CAAACGACGGCUAAAGAGCUCGUCUAAAGACGAUUUAAAACAUAAUGAUUUGGACUUUCAAUGGUCUCGUUCUUCUAUUACUCUUUUCAGAUGUGCUUGGUUCUCAGUCUCUGUCCAACGUCCAGUGGCUGCCCUGCCAACUGAUCGACGAGCAAGUGCACAAGAACGAGGAGGGGCAUACGGAAACGCAGUACCGCCACAGACCCGCUGGACUGCAGUUUGGCCAAGCAGGAGACAAAGUUUUAAACAAACAUGUUAUCACUUUCCUCGUCGGAGCUUCGAAGGCGGACAUGAGGCGAUACAUUGAGGGAGAGGAGGAGACAUUACAGUGUGAGAUCCGCCGGUACAGUACAGGAGGUAUACAAGUCCGCUGGCCCAGCCAAGGUGCACAAGAUCAUGACACCUGGUUCUCCUGCACACUGCGACACUCACAGGGUCUCUUCGUAAUCACCACUUUUCUCAGACACACACCAGCCAAACCCAUCACUGCAAGCCAAGACUACCUUGAAUGGAAUCCCAUUGAAGACAAUGAUGUCCUUACAACCUCAGCUGUGAUGUUGGUUCUGACCCGAACCCCCGCUGUGCAGGUGGGCCUUCUGAAGGAGCAGAAGCUCCACUGCCAGUUUGCCGUGGAUCACAAACUGCCGAACCUGACCGUGGAGUGGAGGCACACGCGGCGUGGCGAUCGUACCAAACUCUUCAGCUACGUCAGAAGCUCAGGGAAAGCUGAUGGCUCUGGCGCGUCCGUCAAAGCCAUCGCCGCGGGAGACGCUUCCCUGAAGCUCCCCCUCACCAAGCAGACCAGCGAGGGAACGUACGUCUGCUCCGUCUACGUCCCGCCCCUUUACGGCAGCCACGACAUCACUCUGAGCAUCAUGGAACCCCCCCGUGUGUCCGUGAACGUGGACUCGACUUUGUCGAUGACCGAGGGAGCGGAACGGAAGGUGGUGUGCGACGCUGAGAGCUACUACCCGCUGGACGUGGUGAUAGAGUGGCUGCGGGAGCCGUCGUCUGGGAGCAGGCUUCCAGAGGUGCUGAAGAACGUCCUGUUCUCCAGCCACAGGCACCGUCAGGACGGCACCUACUCGCUCACCGCCUUCUUCUGGAUGCGGCCCAGCUUACGUGACUCGGGCUACAGGUACACCUGCAGGGUGUCCCACCCGUCCCUGCGUGUGCCCAUCCGCAAAAGCUUCACGCUGAUGGUCUCAGAGGAGAUCUCUAUGUUUUGGUAUGGUGUUGGCCUCAUGACAGUUGUCUUACUGUUGGUUCUGGUUGUGAUGCUAUACAAUCUCAUCUCAGCAAGAAGAGAAUUCAAUAAGAGAAAGCCGUACUGAGAACACAUGUCUGGGGAGUUUAAGUCCAUCUCCAUGGAGACAGACAACUCGUUUCCACCACUGACCCCCACCACCCCCCUACC